AUGCCAAAGACAACUGACCAAAGUUUUUGGCAAUCACCUGCAUUCUCUCUAAAAAGCCGAAUCGAUUUUCCAAAUUAUGUUUCAAGCCCCGGACCGGUGUACAAAGUGGACCAGACAACACGGCAUGGCCAAUUCACGAAUACCAAGGUCAAGAUUGGAUUGAUACUCGACAAAAAUGACUACGGACAGAGUCCGGGACCCGCUGCCUACCUACCGUGCUUUCCAAAUUUGAAACGGGCACCUACUCCAAAGUUGUUAUUACCCGUAACCGCCCAAACAGACGGGGAGAGAAACAUUGGUCCAUCACCCAAUACGUACUCGUUGCGCGGCGAAUAUCAAUCAUCGAUCAAGAGUAGGCGAAAAGGAUACACAAUGUAA